UUCUUUCAGAAUUUGGCAGCCAGCGGUAGUCAGCCCCUUCCGGAAGGCUCCAUUCCAGCCUCUCCUCUGCAGUGGCACCUUUUGUGAUCUGGAGACAGAAAACAAGGACAAAUGGGAAAGAUUUGUGGGUCUGACGGCGUCAGAGAAUCUAAUGCUUUUGGAAAAGGAGUGACUCAGAAGUUUUGUAUUGCACCAGAAACCAGAUACGCUUGCUUGCUGUUAUCUUCCUGUUUCCUCUGAAAAUCAGCGGGACCCAACCCAAGAGGAAAAAAGAAGAAUGUCACAAAAGCAUCUGAAGGAAGCCUUUAUCAGCAACUUAAAUGGAACUAGUUUGCUGGAAAUUUCACUAGGCUUGUCUCUAGCCCCGCUCUGCCUGCUCUGCAGAGGACUCCUCCUGAUUUUAUAUUACCUGCACUAUGGGAAACCUUUAAGUUCAAGGAAAUACAGCCUGCUGCUAGACUUCCUCGUGCUGGUAUCUCCUCUCGUGUUCUCCUGUACAGUCUUGUCUCCGAUCAUCUUUUUCAUGCCAAGUAUCAUUGCAGCCUUCUGUGCCGGAAUAUUUUCUAAAAUAUACAGCCAAAGAAAACACGAGACCAGAGUGCCUUUUAGGCAAAUCGUACAGGAAUUCCAGAAGACGUACUUGGAUCCAGAAUACAUUCCAGCAAUAACUGUGUUUCGCGUUUAUGUCAACGUGUUGACAUCCAUCAGCAUUUUGGCAGUGGAUUUCCCGCAGUACCCAAGGCGAUACGCCAAAGCUGAGACCUAUGGAACAGGAGUCAUGGAUUUGGGAGUUGGAGCUUAUAUUUUUGGUAAUGCUCUUGUUUGUCCUGAAGUUAGACAAAAGUCUUACGUGAUGCAAUCAAAAUUUUCCAGUCUGGCCAGGCAGUUCUUUUCCGUUUGGCCGUUGAUUUUCCUUGGUGUUGGACGACUGCUUAGCGUUAAAUCUAUAGAGUACCACGAACAUACUUCAGAGUAUGGAGUGCACUGGAAUUUUUUCUUCACCUUAGCAUUUGUGAGGCUUGCAGCAUCUCUACUUUUAGCUAUAUUUCCAAAAAAUAAAUCUUGGAUCAUUGCUAUAAAUCUCGCUGUACUUUAUCAGCUUAUUCUUAACACUACCUCUCUGAAGAUGUUUAUCUUGCAUGGGAGCAACGGCAGAGAUUCGAGGGUUGGCUUUUUAAAUGCCAACAGGGAAGGACUGCUCUCUCUUUUUGGAUAUUUAGCCAUAUACAUGGCGAGCGUCCAGGUGGGACUGUGUCUGCUGAAGUGCAGGAACUCAGUCAAAGGCUGGGUUGAAGCAGCGCGUUUCUUACUGCUGACAGCUCUUGUGCUCUUCCUAUUUCUUCAUGUGUCGCAAGCGCACGCAGACCUUGUGUCCCGCCGGAUGGCCAACCUGUCCUACUGCAUAUGGGUGCUCGCUCACUGUCUGACUUUCUUCACCUGGUUUGUGGUGACUGAUCUCAUGUUGGUGUUCACAAAGCUUCUUGUGAAGGGGUCCAGCGUGCCCUGCUGCUGGAACGUCGUAAAGCCCCCGAAUACCGGCACAAAGCAUGGAACGGAGGCUGUGCCUACGGGAAAGGAAGGCAAGCUGGCGCGCAUUUGCCUGAUUAGCGCUAUUAAUAAAAAUCAAUUACUGUUUUUCUUGCUAGCAAAUGUUAUGACUGGUACUGUGAAUAUACUGAUAGAUACAAUCCACAGCAAGACUGCAUUUACCUUGUGUAUACUGCACUUGUAUAUGUUUUUUAACUGUUUAAUUAUGUAUAUAUUGCAUGCCAAAAAUAUAGUAUUAAAGUUUUGGUGAUUCCA